GUACCUGUUGGGCGCGUCAGUGAAGUGUUCAGAGCGGAGUGAAGAAAGCCGGGCAGUGUUUACAGUGGAAAAUAAAUCUUUCCGAAUGAUACAGCGGCAUCUCCAAUAUUGGAUCUUGCGGGGUUUUUUUAUUUAGAUUAAUGAUCUUCAUUGCUUUAGUUUGAUUAGUUCAGAGAGUCUGCAAUACUUUGUUCAGCAAUAUCAGCUUUUUUUUUAAAAAAAUCGACUAGUAUAGGGCGGAAAAUGAGAGAGAAACAAGUGGACGAAUUUUAGUUGGAACUAAAUGGCAGAGACCCCAUUCUGAAAAGCAUGACUGUAGUGUCACUGUGCACCAAUGAACAGCCUACAGUUCGGGGUUUCUGGAUCCCGACCUUCCCUUGUAUUAUUUGAUGGAGUUUAUUGGAAUAUGUUUGUUAAUCAAGCUAAUCACCAUCUUGUUGUGCAACAGCAAGGGAGCUGAAUCCUGCACUAAUGGAGAAAUGCAAGUCAGCCCUCUGUCUAUAAUAAGACUUGGAUCGAGCAUUAAUGUAUCGUGUAUAUUAAAGGGAUUAUUCUACAAUGAAUGUACAGCUCAACAGCUACGUAUUAUUAAAGACAAUACCAAACGGCUAAAUACUGUACAGAUCUCCACCAAUGCAGUUAUUGCACACAUUCCAAAGUUUGAAAACCCCAGGUCUAGUUUUGCCUGUAAACUGCAUUGCAACACUGAAUAUUUGAUUUGUGGAAUUGAUAUUAAAGCUGGCAAUCCUCCAGAUCAGCCCCAAAACUUGAAGUGCAUUCAAAAUGGAAGAGGUGGUGAUGUAAUGUGUAGCUGGUAUAUAGGACAAGUCACACAUAUAAGUACAAAUCAUUUCUUAUGGUUCCGAAAUGAGUCACACAGUUUCAUUGCGUCAGCUACCUCUGCAGAGUCAUCAACUGGAAAAUGCACAAGGCACAGGAAUACUCCUGAACACCAAAAGCUGGGCUUUGCUUGUGAAUCUGGGCACAUUUUCAAUCCGUAUUCUGUUUAUUCAGCUUGGGUAACUGCUUCAAACCAACUGGGGGAUCAAGCUUCAGCUGUUAUAAACUUUACCUUGGAUGAAAUCGUGAAACCCAAGGCUCCCAAUAUCAGUAAGGUAGAAUUCAGCAGCAGUUCACCAAUGAUUAGUACAGUGUAUUGGCAAGAUCUUCAGAACACACAGUUGUUUGAAAUCCAAUGUCAAAGUACAAACGGCAAAUGGGGAAAGAAAUUCUUAGUCAAUUCAACAAGUUGCAAGGUGACUGGUUUGGAACAUUUCACAGAAUACAAGUUCCAGGUUCGCUCAAAGUUUCAUUAUACCGGAGGAUUAUGGAGUGACUGGAGCCCUUCCUUUGUAAGCAAGACACCAGAGGCAGUUCCCAUAGGACAACUGGAUGUCUGGUAUACAAUGGACCUGUCAGAUCCUAACAACCUGCGAAUCACUCUCUUAUGGAAGGCCCUCAAGGUGCUUGAAAGCAGAGGAAGAAUCCUAGGUUACAAUGUAACACUUUGGAAAAGCACAAAGGAAAAUACAACCAUCUGGGCACAGCAGACUAGGUACACCAUGGGAAUCCCCAGGACAGACUGUACCAUCACUGUAUCUGCUUACAACUCCAAGGGGAACUCUCCACCUACUCAACUCCACAUAUCACACCUCACAGAUCUUCCUCCACCAAGAAAAAUCUCAGCUAUGUAUGCUGGAAACAACCAGUUCUCAAUCGAGUGGAUGGAGCCAGAAAAUCACAUCCAGUCAGCCUCAGUGAAAGGAUAUGUAGUGGAAUGGGCAGAAGUAAAUGGCAAAGUUAAUCUGAAUAUCAACUGGAUUAAAGUUCCUCCUCAGAAACAUUCAGCAACAUUAACAGAAAAUAUAAAGCCCAAGACUUGUUUUCGGAUCUCCGUCUAUGCCAUUUAUGAAAGUGGGGCAGGAAGACCACUGUCAACUCAGAGCUACUCGGCCCAAGAAGCAGCACCACUGUCAGGGCCUAUAGUCUUCAAGCACAAUGCUGCUGUAAUAUUCUGGAAGAAUAUUCCACAAGACCAGAAAGAGGGCUGCAUCGAAAGCUAUGUCAUCUACUUGCAGGAGGAGAAUUCUGAGCUGCUCCCUUCAAUUUAUAGGCCUAUUGACCCAACCAGCAGUAAUUACACAAUUCCAGAUCUGAAACCUGGAACAGGAUAUAUUGUGUGGAUGACAGCAGUCACUAGAGCUGGUGAAGGGAAGACUGGAGAACAACACAGAUUUUACUUCAGCCAAAGUAUUCUUCCACAUUCUGACAGCAAGUCCAUCAUAGUGGUGGUCAUUGCAGUAACAUUCUUGUUUGCUAUCAUACUUUCCGGAUUUUGUUUAUGGCAGUCAGUGAGAAACAGGAUAUGGUCCAUUCUAUUGAAACUCACAUCUCAACUGUAUGUGAGAAACAUUCCUGAUCCAGCUAACUGCACUUGGGCAAAGGAAUAUACUGCAAUUAAGAACAAGAUGGAUCUAACAUACACUGACUUCCAAACUGGAUUAACUUCACCUUAUGAAGAUCCUGAGACUCUACAAGUAGAGGAAAUGUCACCUGAGCAGGAAUGCUGCAUCAAUAUGGAGAUUGUUGACCAAGAACAGUGUAGCCUGCAAUCCCUAUUACUAAUUCAGUCCACAGCUAGUCAAUUGCACCAGAAUAAGGAACUAAGCCAAGGAGAUCUUUCACCUGGGAACAGUGAAGAGAACAUUGUGGAUUACAAAUGCCAACUCCCUUGUUUAUACAUUGAAAAGCUGCCUUCUGUGGAAAUUAACCAGGACCUCCCAGAUUCAAACAUCUCCAUAAUAAACCAAAAUACUGGUUACAUCCCCUCCAACUUUCUACAUGUUACUGAAAACACUAAAGAGACGAAUAGUGAAUGUUUUGCAGACUCCUUUUCAUUCGUGCCUCUUCCUUCCUUGGCUAGAAUGGAAAUCCCCUAUGGAGGGAAACUGACAUUAGAUGUAGUGAAAAUCGACUGCAGUUUGCUUGUGGAAUAAGAUUUUGUUAAUAUUCUUAAUCUAUCUGUACAUAGUAUUUUGAGAGCUUGCAUUACUGACCAUUGACUGCCAGGAAAAGUUUUUUUUUCAAAUAACGAGCACUUCUUGCUCUUUUCCAUCUUCAUAACAUCAUGCAACAUGUUAGGAAGGUUGCACAUGUCUUUCACUGGAUUAUACAGGUUUUGUACUGCAAGUGUAAGCAUUUGGGCCCAACUAUAAUGUAACAAAGGUUAUGAGUACAUAAAUUUGUUCUAUAAGGUGA